AUGAAAAACAAAAAUCACAAUAAAAAGAGAAAUUUAACACAAAAACUAACUGAGAAUGAUGCAAAAGUGAACAUAUUAGGAAAACAAUUAGAGAUGGAUUUGAAUAAUACUUUUAGCAAAACGGAUUAG